CUGUCAAAGGCGCACAGACCGCGGAAGAAGGCAGUCGAAUCCAAGGAAAGCAGAAGAUAAAGCUUUACCCGAUCCCUAAUUCUUAUCGUUUUCGCCGUCGCUGCUCGGCAUUGACUGUUGUCAGAGUGGUAAUGGCGCAAUCCGGCAGUCACGAUGCAGCCCCCGCACGCAGAUCCCCCAACCUCCACCGCUCGCUGUGCUGUUCCUUCGCCCCCUCCACACGAAGUCCCGACUGGACGCCGAAUUUGGAUCGUCGUCCCAACAAGUACCCGCCGAAGACGUCCUUCUCGGGUUCCUUCCAUGGCUCUCACUCCCCCGGAACCGGAAGCAAGCUUGGUCUCGGCAUCAUCGACCCCCUCCGCCGUAUCCGUUCCCCUGGAAGGGUUUCGCCCAUUAAUUCCGUCGACCCCUUUGAGCCCCUGCCGGAGGUAGCCGAAUCGGUGCCCGGAAUUUCCUCUGUCUCCCAGCCAGAGCGGCCAGAUCCAGUCACAAAGAAUUUGCCUUUGGUACCGGAGAACCCGGUAAAGGACAAUGUGGUUUGCCUGAGGAAGGGAAGAAUGGAUUUGGGGAUUAUUUUGAAGGGGAAAGAUGGGAAUUCAUUGGUGCUGGAGCUGGAUCCAGCGGUACUUUGUGAAAACAGUGCCUUUUUCAAAGGGACGCUUCUGGAUUCUAGCAGCAAACUCUCGGAUGCAGGUGAUGUUUCAUGGAAGAUUGAGGUUUCCGGUUUAGACAAUGUGGAUGUUUUCAAGGAAGCAAUCGAGCUCAUGUACGAGAAGGAUGCGGUUAGGUGGCUUACCAAGGCAGGGGUCUCUAGAGCAAUUGACAUUCUUGAGGUAUCGUCUAUAAUUAAGUCUGACAGAAGCAUCAGAUCCUGUUUACAGUACAUUGAAGCUGUUCCAUGGAAUGAAAGUGAGGAAGAGAAGCUGAAAAGCUUGUUGGCAAGGUGUAAAUUUGAUGAAGCAAUAACUGAAGAUGUGUUAAGCAGGUUAGGUCCAAAGGAGUGUGAUAACUCAGAGGAUGUAGCUAUGCAUCUUAUUCAAUCUGUUACAAAUGGGACAAACAGGAAAGCGAGGAAGGAAAUGCAGUGUCUAGUCACUGGACUUCUCUCUAAGAGUUCAGUCUAUAUGAAAGUCCCUACUGGACUAGACAAGGAAAAACUGUAUGGCAUUUGUCAUUCAUCUUUAAAUUCCCUCAUCCAGCUCUUUGAGGAAGCCACAUGCUAUGAUGGUCUUGCUGAUCAAACAUCUAUGAGGCAAGAAUCAAAGCCAUUGAUUGAAAGGGUCUCAAAGCAAGUCGAAAACCUCACUUGGUUGUUGGAAAUCCUCGUCCAGGAGGAAAUUGCGGAAGAUUUCGCAAAAUUGUGGGCAGGCCAAGUGGAAUUGAUUAUGAUGCACGCAAAGGCAUCCCCAAUGAUGCGGUUUGAGCUAAGCCGUAUUUCAGCGGGUGUAUUUGUAGCAUUGGGUAGAGGAAAGUUGCACUGCCAUAGUGAUCAGAGGGUCGCUGUUCUCAGCGCAUGGUUCAGACCGAUGUUAUCGGAUUUCGGUUGGUUACAGAGGUACUCGAAGGGGCUAGAUAUGAGAAUGUUGGAGGAGAGUGUUGGCCAAGCUCUUCUCACUCUUCCGCUAAAUCAGCAACAGAUCUUUUUUGAGGAAUGGUUCUGUCAUUUUGCAGAGCAUGGAACGGAGUCCCCAAAUCUUGGACAGGCUUUCCAAAUCUGGUGGAGGCGACUGUUUGGUAGAUCCUCUUGGGCCUGCAAAUGAAGAGGAUAAAGUAGGAAAUAAUGAAUGCCUGUGAGUCGCAGAUACAGGAAAAGAAAUUAUUGAAUGUUGGUGUCCUUGGCUCAAUUCAAAUAUUCAGAUGACAUCUACCUUUGUUAAUUGUUAGUAUUGCUAAUUAAAUGUUUGUUUAGAGGAAUGAAUGACUUGAAAAACGAUCACUAUGGAGGCGAUCAAGUUGCAAGAGAUUCUUGGGCACUCACUGAUGCUGAUUUGAAGUGUAGCAUGAUGCUGGUAUGAGAUGAUGGAACUCAUAUCAUCUAAAAGCUGCAUGAAUUCUAAGAAGAUAAAAGAACUCUAAAUAGGAUAUAUAAAGCAUGGCAUAUCAUAUGAAGAGUCAUUUUUGUCUUGUAA